CUGGAAGUAGCACCCAGACAAAGUGGAAGACUCCUGGUGCAUCUAAACGAGAGACCUGCAGCUGGCAGAUCCCCCUGAAACUCAGCAGAAAGAUGGCUGUCCUGUGCUGGGUGGUUCUGGGUCUGGCCGUCUUCCUGUCUCCUCAACGCAGUUUAGCCGCUGUAAACCAGGACUGGCUAACCAAUAUUAUACAAAACCUCAAAAAUGAGUAUGCUCUGGGUGACAGCUACAGUCUGGCUGUCAACCUCCCUGUGAACCAAGACUUAGACAGUCUUGCAGAAGUUCUUAAGGAUGACCCUGCAGAUGCAGUGAAACAAGCUAUUUCAGCAGGUCAAGUGUACCAAGGCACCAGGGUCGUUGCAGCUGUCCAGUCUGGAGCGCUGGCCCAGGUUCUAGAGAAAAUACAACCCCUGAUAAAAAGCAGUGAUGGUAACGUCCUCAUCGUCUACUCCGAAGGAUACCCUGAUGCAAAUGGCAUUGACAACAAGAUCAGUGACGUUGUUCAGAACUGGAAGAGUUACGCUUUUGUCUUUUCUAAAGUAGCUGAUGUUGCUGAUGCUGACACGCUCCAGAGGGCUGCACUGUUCAAACAGCAAGAGCUUUCAAAGUUUGGCCUUGAAAACAUAUUCCGUUGUUAUGAGCAAAGCGAUUCUUUUCAGUGCACAAACUGCAAAGCAGGCGAUGAUGUUGCACCAUCCUGCGUUGCAGAUACAAUACAAUCAAAUGGCGACGAAGAGACAGCAGUAGGUGCACCUGAGCCGCCUGCAGGAAGUGAUGAAGGCGCAAUUUCAGGUUCAAAUAAUGGGAUUGACACAGGCUCAGAUACUAGUGAAGAAGGUGGAGAGGUUAUAGAAGAAGGUAAAGGUGGAAAAGGAGGCAAGGUGAGAAAAUCAGGUAAACGCGGAAAAGGAGGCAAGGUGAGAAAAUCAGGUAAACGCGGAAAAGGAGGCAAGAUGAGAAAAUCACGUAAACGUGGAAAAGGAGGCAAGAUGAGAAAAUCACGUAGACGUAAGCGUAGAGGCAAGAGAAGGGGGUAGAAAGCUAACAGUGCAUAGCAAACUGCUAUGCCAAAUUUUGAACAACACAAUAAGGGCCAUGAGUUAAAAAAUCAGCUACUUUGCAAAAAUGUUCUUAUUUCCUUUAUUUAAACUGAUGAAACCGUUGGCUUUGUCUGGCUAAAUAAACAUAAUUCAUUUAUCUGUAUAGACAUGAACUACUUGAAAGGAUGGUGUCAUGUUUUGCUUUUUAUCUCACAGAAUUCCAACUAUUUACGUGGAACCUGUACAAUUGUCUUUUGACAUUUUCUCUGCUUUUGAUUAAAGUUUG